AUGACCGUCAGAUCAGGUGGUCUUCCACUCUCAAAUACCCGUACCAGUUUACCUCAAAUUAAAUCUAAAUUCGAUUUAGAACCUAAUCCAUUCGAACAAUCUUUCAAAGGAAACUCAUCCACUGAUACUAAUUCUUCAUCAAAUCAUCAUCUCAAUCUCAAUUCACCAUCCUUUAAUCAUUUACUUAAUAAUUCAUCAUCAUCAACUCAAGCUAAUCAUCAUCAACUCAAUCGUCAUCGUAGAGCUCGUUCUUCUUCUCCUCAUCAUUCUUCUUCAAAUCGCGAUUGUCAUCUCAGUCCUCCUCUCUUCCGUAACACUCCUGGUGGUUCUCUAGUCAAAGUCUCAUUACCCGGUAUCGCUUCUAUCGCUUCUCCUGCUAUUCUCAACAAUCUGCCUUCUGAUCAAUCUAGGAAAUCAACUUCACCUCCUUCGGUUUCAGCUUCAUCCUCAUCUCAUCAAUCUAAUCCUCCUAUCACUGCAAUCUCUUCCUUUGGUUGGGGCUUCUCAUCACUCGGUCAAGAUUCUCUACGGACCGGUCCUCUCUCUCCAGCUCUUUUGAAUGGUCCUGCUCGAAAUAGUCUACCUACUCAUACUGCUCUUAAUUCUCUCAUCGGACUCGGCACACCUACUAAUGACGCAUUCACCCCUGGCACUUCCGCUCUACUGGCGAUCUUCUCUUCAUCUACGUCUGAUGCACCUCUCUCGAAUACCAUCACCUCUGAUAACUCGCACACUUCCCCCGCUGCAAUAUCCUCUAGCCUUCCUAGUCAUUCACAACCUACAACCAUCUCUACAUCAUUGAAUCUUACCAGUCAACCUCUUCAGCCUUCCAAAUCUUCAAUAGUCGAAGACUUGAGCUUAACUCGACCUUCAUCCUCUCUUACCUCUCUACAACCUCCUCAUUCAUCUCCUCCGGCUAUUUCUCCAUCACUCUCUCUCAGUACCUCUCUACAAUCAUCUGAUCGCAAUUCAGUCCUUCCAACCUCUCGUCGGUCUCAAUCAAUUCUUCCGAAUCCUCUCAUCACAUCCAAUGAUCAUCUUUCUAAAGCUGUCACACCCAUCUUGCCUCAACUUGGUCUCAUCACUACCUCCGGUACUACUCCACUUCUUAACUCGAAUACCAAUGAGACACUCAAUGAGUUUGAUGGACCUCUACAAAACAUGAAGAGAGCAUCUGUUUCACCUGCCUUAGCUUCAACUAGACUACCCCUUCAACCGACCAAUCACCCUCAUCAUCCCUCUGUUCCUCAUCGACCUUCGACUUCCAAAUCACCUGUCAUGCCACAACCUGCUCAUGUGCCACCUUUGGUUUAUCCUCCGUAUCUUGCUACAUCUGUUGGAAUCUUUGCACCUUCAACUAACAACACUCAACCUACCCCAACUUCUGCAUCUUCAAUUCCCCCCAAUUCUAUUUCAACUCUCGAAUCCCCUCUAUCAGCUCAAGCCAAUCAUAACUACUCCAACAACCCUCUGUACCUCUUGACAGCCGCUCAUGACCGUAUCGCUCAUCAUCAACAGCAAGAACAAUUGAUGGAUGAUGCUACUGUCACUGCCGCCAAUGCACUCACUGGACUCGUCAACAGUCGAAGCGGAAGUCGUUACUCUUCCCCUGGCCCAGCCUCCUCAUCAUCCACACAUCCUCAUCCUGCCUACCUCAACACAUCACCUCAAUCGACCCAACAUUCUCUCUAUCCCCUCUCACAUUCGCUUUCUCACUUACAACCACAGAGUAAAAAUGGAAUGCCAACGAGUUCUGUUCCCGGUCCAAGUGUACCUUAUCAAAUGAUGCCAAGUAACGGGACUUCUAAUAUGAUGAUCAAAGGUGGUACUCUCUAUUCGUCAUCUUCAAGUUCUACAGCCAUGAAACCAUCGACCGAAACCUCGCCUUCAACACUGAAUCCGAAAAACAAUCGACGUACCAAUGUAGCUCCUCCUAGUAGUAAGAAGAAUGGAAAGAGGAAAAAAGAAGAAGAAGAGGAAACCAAUCAACCUGAUAAAGCAUCACAAAAAGCACGUAAGGAUACAUUGGAAUCUUAUACGAAUUAUGAUGAACCUAUGAAUGGGAAUGGGAAUGAUAGUGAUUCAGAUGGAAAUGAUUGGGGUGCUGAAGAUGGUGCAAUGAAUGAUAGAGGUAGUGCUAGUGGGAAAGGAGGAGGUGGAGGAGGAGGAGGAGGUGGUGGUAAAGGAGAAACUGAGGAAGAGAAGAGAAAAAACUUUUUAGAGAGGAAUCGACAAGCUGCAUUAAAAUGUAGACAAAGGAAAAAAGCAUGGUUAGCGAAUUUACAAUCGAAAGUUGAAAGUUUAGAACGAGAGAACGAAGGAUUAGAGAUGACGAUUGGUAGAUUGAGAGAAGAGAUUGAAUCGAUUCGAUCGAUCUUAUUAGUUCAUCAUGAUGAAUGUGUGAUUAGAGUAGGUAAUGGGAAUGGUAGAGAGAUGAAUAUUGGAGAAUUGAUUAGAGGAGGGAUCGGACAGGUUUUGAGAGGUGGUGGAGGAGUUCAUCAGACUGGAACGGUUAAUCAACAGAACCAAACUUUGACCAUUCAUCAUGCUCAGGCUUCUCAACAGGGUGCUGGGCAAGGGUAUGGGUAUUAA